AUGCAAACCAUUCUUAAAAGUUCUUUCCUAGAUAAAUUCUCUGAGACAGAGAAACCUAAGAUACUCCCAGAAAAUGCAAACCUUCUUGGUAUUACAGGUGAUACAGCCCCAUUUAAAGGCAAAACUAAAAUAAAACUUGAAAUAGGCAGUCAGACUUUUGAGAUUUGGGUACUUUUAGCCGAAAUACGCAAUGAUUUUAUAUUAGGUAGAGACUUCAUUCUAUCGCAAAAUUGUGACCUACUAUUUAGCAAACACAUGAUAAAUUUAAAUGGUGAACGGUUGUACUGUUAUUCGACAGAGAGAGAGGUUCACAUGUGCAGAAUAGCAAUAACAGAUGACAUAGAAGUACCUCCAGAUACAGAAAUGAUAAUCACAGGUAGAACUAUUGAUCCAUACCCGAAAGAUAAGCCAGGUGUUGUUGAAGCCAGUCAGAACUUUAUGGAAAACCAUGACAUAUUAGUGGCUAGAGCCUUAGUAGAACCAAAGUUAGGACUUAUACCGAUAAGAAUUGCAAAUUUAGAGAAUACGCCAAUCCGUCUCUACAAGAACACAAUUAUCGCUACAUUAGAAGGCACAGAAUUACCCGAGAUCAUACCAACGAAUUUAGCUGAGACCCCUUCGACCAGUAAAUCGACAAACAAAUCUUCACAAGAAAUCCCUGACCAUUUAAAAGAGUGUUAUGAAAGAAGUACUAAAGACUUAACAGAAGAAGAGAAGAAAGAAGUUAAAGACUUACUAUGUGAAUUUCAAGAUAUUUUCUCCAAAUCUGAUGAUGAUAUAGGUCAUACAGAUCUUGUAGAAUACACAAUUGAUACAGGUGACAACAAACCAGUUAGAACACCACCUUACAGAAUACCACUUGCAAAGAGAGAGAUGGCAGAGAAAGAAAAAAAGAAAACUUCUUGA